CCUUUGAACUCUGGUGGCAAGCCUCGAUGUGGUGGCGCGCGUUGUGAACGUACCGUCAUUUAGGAUCUACUCUCUCAGCUGUGGAGAGAGUGAACGAAGAAGGGGGUAGGUCGCUCUGUCUAUCAGCGUCCACGAUGUGUAUGGGAUAAGCGUUCUGUCUUUUAAGACGCUGAGCGAGUUGUCGUGAUACUGUGGAAAGUUUGAGCGGUUACUUCUUAGGGAGUUGUGUGGGAUAUACCCGUGCUAUAAGCUUCCAGGCAAUAGGUGCUCGUUUUACGUGACCCUCCUCCGAAAUCGGGAGUACUGGGGUAUUUCGGAGUUGAGGAAGCGCACGUGAGUUUGUGAGCGUCUUAAAGUUUAUUUUUUGGAUUAACAAAGAUUUGCCCCAACCAUGGAGGGGCGCUACUUGUCUGUGAUGUUCCUGAUCGUGACAUGUGUCAUCUGUAUUGUCCUAUCCGAGGGAGCUGACAAGCCAGUGGAGAUCGAACAGAAUAAGAUUCGUGUGACGGACCAUCAGCGUGUUCGGACAGACACCAGAAGCCGACAAAACGCCGACAGAAGGAGAACGGCGUAUAAUACACGAGCUAGACAACAUUUAGAACGCCAGAGACAACUCCGGCAACGACAGUUAGCUCGGCAACGUCAAGAUUACAGAUAUAAACAAAGAUUAGGGUCGAGGAAUCGUCAAGCUGACGCACGUCGUCAGCAACAACAGAAGCAGCAGCAACAACAGCAAGAUGCUCGGCAAAGACCAGCUUACAAGUACAACCCCUUAAAACCCCCGUCAAGACAAACCAUACCGAGACAAAGGCCUGUAAGACUUCCGGUCAGACAAAAUCAGCCAAGACAAGCCCCAGUUAGACUAAGUCAGCCAAGACAACAAUAUAAUCCAAGACAAAAUUAUAAUCAGAGGCAGCAACAGGGCUAUGUUGCUCGCCUCCCGCAACCUUCUCCUUACAGACAGCAGCUCCGUGACGCCUCAUCCACGAAGGAAACCAAGGGUUUGCCUAUGCCAGAUCCGAACACAGGAUUCGUGCUGCAAACGGGGAUGCCUAACGUGUGCCCCUACCAGGACGUGGAAAUGGUGAAGGUGAGGCAGCCCUGUGUCCAGGCCUUCACUCGCCUCGUCAAAGUCUGGAAACCAAACUGCGGAUAUACUCACAACUGGUGUGUUGGAUACGAACGAAGGACUCACUACUACACCACAUACAAGGAGCGGCUCCAGCCCCAGCACCGCACCAAGUUCCGGUGUUGUCACGGAUGGCAACAGCUCGCUAACGAAGGCUGCAUGUACAGGAGCUGUAACAAUGCUGUGUGUUUCAAUGGAGGUCAGUGUAACGGAGGCUACAGCCAGUCCUGCGCCUGCCCACAAGGAUUUCAGGGACCUCGAUGCCAGUAUGAUGUCAAUGAAUGCAGCAUCAACAACGGUGGCUGUCAUAGUGAUUGCAGCAACACCAUUGGCUCCUUCCAGUGCAAGUGUCCUAGGGGCUUCGAACUCACUGCAGAAGGAAAACAAUGUCAAGACAUCGAUGAAUGUGCUAACCAUAACGGUGGAUGUCAACAUAAGUGUCUCAAUACUAAGGGCGGCUUCAGCUGUGAAUGCCCCAAGGGUCAAAGGCUACAUGCUGAUGGCCGAACCUGCAUUCGUGAGAAAAUCACCAGGAAACCCCUGGCGGACCUACAAGUUGAUCCUGUACGUAACAGACAAAACCCGUUCUACGGGAGUUACUAUGGUUACCAAGAUCAUCGUCAAAGACAGGGGAAUUAUAGGACAAUUCACGGGGAAAACGAGGGUCGGUAUCAGACACUCAGCGGGAGACCUCGGUAUGACAACAAACCUAUAUUUAGCAGCAGUUCUCGUCACCGUGAGCUCUACAAUAUUCCUCACAAACAGAGAGUGUCCAAGCCGGUGACUACAGACAAUCGGGUCUCCAAGAAACCUCCACCAAAACAAGUGAAACCUAAGCUGGAACAGAAGGCACUAUAUUCCAAACAAGGAGACAAGUCAUACAUUGCUAUGCUUGAUAUGAAAGUCACUGGGACCGCUGUGUCGGGCUGUGGACAGAAUAAUGGAGGCUGCCAACACAUCUGCGUUGACGGCUACAACGGGCACUUCCACUGCCGAUGUCGUGAGGGUUACCGACUUGGCCGUGAUAUGAGAACAUGCGAAGAAGAGAACCCCUGUCGCCGACGUAAUGGCGGAUGUGAACACAAGUGCGUCUCCUCCAGUGGUAGAGCAACUUGUCAGUGCUUCGCUGGCUUCAGGAUCGCUUCAGACUCUCGGUCUUGUAUCGAUAUCAACGAGUGUGAGAUCAGCAAUGGUGGGUGUUCCCAAGCUUGCGUCAACACCAAGGGGUCCUUCGCCUGUACCUGCACCCCAGGCUUCCAGCUUGGCGUGGACGGCCGUUCCUGCUACAAGGCCCCAGCAGUUAAUGAGUCUAGACCCAAACAGGAGGGUAAAGGAUCCAGUCGCAAAGGGAAACAAAGAUAUAAACAAAAAGAUAAAGGGAUCGAGAUGGAAGUCAUUGACAACUGCGCAGUCAACAAUGGAGGCUGUGCCCACAAGUGUCGCCAUGGUGCCGGUGGCGCCAUCUGCUCAUGUCGCAAGGGAUACAACCUACAAGCUGACAGAAAAACAUGUGAAGAUAUUCAUGAGUGUGAGACAGGAGACAACUGCUGUACCCAGUCCUGCAACAACAACCCCGGUGGCUACACCUGCGGUUGUCAGACCGGCUUCCUCCUCAACAGAGACGGUUGUACAUGUGAUGAUGUGGAUGAGUGUCUGUCGGACAAUGGUGGCUGUGAACAGCUAUGCGUGAACUCAGAGGGCUCCUACAGCUGUGCCUGCAAACAAGGCUUCGACCUGGAGAGGGAUCGGCGGCGAUGUCGAGCUAAGCAGGUCCGUGUGGAGGACCUUGGGCCACAACGAGGAGAUCUGCCCUUCCCCCGCUUUGAGACGUCACCACGCCCCGUCAUCCCCGUUAACGACAGCUACAACAUUCUCUUGUCUCAGGAGCUUGCUGAGGCCACCACCAGCUACACCCCACCCGAUCUCCCCUACAAUGACAACAGUGCUGUGGACAAGUCAUGUAUCCCAGGAUCCUUUGGUGCCGACUGCCUCCUCACCUGCAGUAACUGCCUGAACGGUGCCAAGUGCAGCGACAAACAAGAUGGCUGUGUGUGCACGGCAGGAUGGAUCGGAGUCACCUGUAAUGAGUCUUGUCCAGAGGGUAACUAUGGCGAUGGCUGCAACAGGAUGUGUACCUGCGAGAACAGCGGCACCUGUGACCAUGUGACAGGCAAGUGCCUCUGUCCACCAGGGGUCGCUGGUGACCGAUGCGAAGAUGGCUGCCCACCAGGAUACUUCGGUGAAAGAUGUGACAAGAUGUGCCCCAAGCCCUGCACCAACGGCUACUGCAACCGCGUAUUUGGCUACUGCGAGUGCGACCCUGGCACGUACGGUCCCGCCUGCAACCAGCCCUGCCCUUCUUUCACCUGGGGAUCCAACUGUGUGGAGCAGUGUAACUGCAACACUGAGAACACCAAGAAGUGUGACCCAGAGACUGGCGACUGCUACUGUAAGCCUGGCUACCAUGGGGACAGAUGUGACUUCCAGUGCCCACAAGACCGUUAUGGACCUAGUUGCAGUAAGAAGUGUGACUGCCCUGCGGACACUAAGUGCAACCACGUGACUGGCUACUGUCUGCGAGACUGCCCCUCCGGAUGGUUUGGCCAGCGCUGUGAUGAACCAUGUCCUGCAGGCAAACAUGGGGAGAACUGUUUGCUGGCGUGUGACUGCGGGGGCAGUCUGUGUGACCCCGAGACUGGCGUGUGUUCGUGCAAGGCUGGUAAAACGGGCAAGAAAUGCCAAGAACCAUGCCCAGAUGGAAGCUGGGGCAUCAACUGUGGCAAAAAGUGCAGCUGCGAGAACGGCGCCACCUGUGACACUGUGUCGGGCGAGUGCAUCUGCCGCGCUGGCUGGUACGGACCUCACUGUCGCGAAGGGUGUCCUAAAGGCCGAUUUGGAGACCAGUGCAUGAGUCGAUGCAUGUGCGAGAACAACGGCACCUGUGAUUCGGAGGAUGGGCGAUGCACGUGUAAACCAGGAUGGACUGGACAGAUCUGUGACAGAGCCUGUCCCCCCGGCACGUUCGGAGAAAACUGCUUCCGGAAGUGCUACUGUCGGAACAGUGCUGAAUGUGACCCAGAGACUGGGGAGUGCCUCUGUACCCCUGGAUGGAAAGGUGUUGGGUGCGAUGAGAAGUGCCCAACUGGUACCUACGGUGCUGGUUGUCUUGAACGAUGUCGCUGUCUGAAUGGUGCCUCAUGUGAUCACAUCUCCGGUGUGUGCUUCUGCUCUGCUGGGUGGCGUGGGAGGUUUUGUGGGAAGGCUUGUCCGGAGGGAUUCUUCGGGCAGGAAUGUCAGAGCAUCUGUAACUGUCCCCGCAGUACGGAGUGUGAUCACGUGACCGGACACUGUGCAUGUGCAGCUGGCUUCAACGGAGGCGAGUGCGACCAGCCUUGUCCAUUUGGGAUGUUCGGACCCAACUGUGACCAACAUUGUAGCUGUGAUAAUGGAGCUCCAUGUGACCCUGUUUCCGGGACUUGUCAGUGUAGGCCGGGAUGGAAGGGUGCCCGAUGUGAAGAAGCCUGUCCCGAGGGCAUGUAUGGCGAGAACUGCAUGCUGCGCUGCUUCUGUUUACAUGAGGGGACGUGCAACCACAUCGACGGCAAGUGCAAUUGUCCUGAUGGGUGGACCGGAACUGCCUGUGAGAGAGCAUGUGACCAGGGCUUCCACGGCCCCAACUGUGAGCUUCCCUGUGACUGCCUCAACAGCAAGACAUGCAACAGGUUCAGUGGGAAAUGUAAAUGUGAGCCUGGAUUUAUCGGGGCUAAGUGUAAUGAAACAUGCCAGGAGGGCUUCUUCGGUGAGGGCUGCUCGAUGAGUUGUGAGUGUGAGAACGAUGCUGUGUGUGACCCAGUCACAGGGAUGUGCCAGUGUGGUCUGGGCUGGAUCGGACGCACGUGUGACAAGCCCUGUACACCUGGUUCCUAUGGCAACCACUGCAAGGAGGUAUGUGAGUGUGGGGAAGAGCAGCCUUGUUAUCACGUGACCGGGGAGUGCAAGUGUCGGCCAGGAUACAUGGGCAGCGCCUGUGAGAAACGAUGUCCCAAGGGUAACUUUGGUCCGGAGUGUCGAGGACGGUGCGAGUGUCAUGGCGACAUGGUCUGCCACCACAUUACAGGGGAGUGCAUGUGUCCCCCCUGGUCCAAAGGGCAGGGAUUGCGCAAAGCGCGGAGGCAGGGUAGGAAGCUGUUUAAGUAUAAACUCGGUAGGAAGGGAUGGAACAGGAAAACCAAGGACUUGGACGGCUUCUCUCCACUAGAAGCAGCCUCCUGGACUCUGGGUUGUGACGGCAAACAGUUCGGGCCAGAAUGUAAACAAUUGUGCCAGUGUUUGAAUGGUGGUUUGUGCAACAACAUAACUGGCGAAUGCACAUGCCAGGAUGGAUACAUCGGACCUACAUGUGCUCAUCGCUGCCCGGAGAACAGAUAUGGAGAACAGUGUUCCAAGAUCUGCCGCUGUCAGAACGGCGCCCGCUGUAACAAGAGAUCUGGGAAGUGCAAGUGCCCUGCAGGAUAUAAAGGCGAACAGUGCCAGGAAGCCUGCACAUACGGCAUGUACGGUGAAGGCUGCUCCAUGAAGUGCAACUGCAUCCACGGCGUCUGCAACCAUGAGACCGGAGAAUGUCGAUGUGCCCUGGGUUGGAUGGGCCCUAAGUGUAACGACCAGUGUGAGAGCGGACGGUUUGGUCCCAACUGUAACCACACAUGUACCUGCCAGAACGGGGCAGCCUGCGACCCAGUCACCGGCUGCUGCCAUUGUAAAGAUGGCUUUUAUGGACAAAACUGUGACCUAGCAUGUCCCAGUGGAACUCACGGCCCGUACUGCAGCGAUCGGUGUGAGUGUGUCAACGGCGCCCGGUGCAACCCCAUCAACGGCCAGUGUAAAUGUCCACCAGGCUACACAGGAAGACAGUGUGAACUCAAGUGUCCUAAUGGCACGUUCGGGGUCAGAUGUCAAGAGGAGUGCAACUGUGGCGCUGUGGAGUGUGACCACAUGACUGGGCAGUGCCUCUGUCCGCCCGGUGUAACAGGACCUCAGUGCCAGAAUGCCUGCACACGAGGAACGUAUGGGCCGAACUGUCAAUACUUCUGUGACUGCAAGAACAAGGGCAUCUGUGAUCUGUUGACCGGAGCAUGUGACUGCCAGGAAGCCUGGACUGGCCCUCACUGUGACAUAGCAUUAAUCCCUACCGGGCCACGACGGGGGAGACAUCCCUUGGGCAGUGAACUACAGUCGAAAGUAGACACAGCCUUCAAUAAGAACAGUCGACUGAAAUGUUUCCAUUACGUGUGGAGCGCAGUGCCUGAAUAUCACGUUUAAAGUUACCUGAUGGCAUUUUCUUAGGAAUAUCUGACAUUGCAUCAGUUCAGUCUUUUGACCGACAUGAAGUGUGGAGAAAUCAUAUUCAUACUGAUGUACAUGACGGUUAAACGGAAGGUUGCCAUGGUGAUAUGUGGCCACCAGUGAGAAUGUGUUGAAAGUGACAUUAUGGUGCUGAAACUGAUCUCUCGCUGUGUAGGUGUUGUAAGCCAGGCUCUGAUUGGACACAGUUCUGGUAUCAUCCAAUGAGGAUGACUGAGACAACUGGCUUUGGAAGCUGAUACAGCGCAAGUCGUCUAUGAGAGUGUAGCUGUGUUAAUGUUACAAGUCUUUCAUUGUAAUAUUUCCCAUUUCAAUGUUCAUGCUUAUGUUCUGUAUGCUGCUCACAGAAAGUUAAGGAUAACUUAAGAGAAGGAAAUAUUUCACUUUAAAAACUGUUAGAUGAAUUUGUAUUAAUUAACAUUGUCAUAAAUAAUCACAUUAAUAAUCAAUACAAAUCAUUGAGUGUGUAUGAUUAAAGAUGUAACUCCCGAUGGGUUUGAGCAUGACCAAGAGAAUGUUACCUGUAUCUGUCUGUUGUGAUACAAGAACAUUGCCCUCGGUCCUCAGCGGGUUCCUGCAAGGUCCUAGGGGGGGCAGGGGGCACACAGGGUCUGGUAUUGUCCUCUUGAAGUCCUGCAAGGUCCUUAAUGUCCUGUGAGCAGUAGACAAUGUAUGACUUGUUUACGACGUCACUGCACUAUGUGAUCUGUUUGUGACCACUCUCAGGCAUAUAGAUAAAGUCAAUAUUUGUUUCUGUAACAAAUAAUUUGCAUUUUUCAUGUUUGUUGAGUAUGGAUGUGUUUGUUUCCUUUAUUUUUUACAGUGUUAUUCUUUUGUUACCUCUCUGUCAAUGUCCUCCCUCCUCUUGAAGCCAGUCGGGAUCUGAACAUAGUCAGGUAGUGAACCAUAUCUCACAUGUGGAAUAAGUGUUAAGAUAUAUAAUUUCGCAAGUGGAAUAAGUCGGGUACAAUAUACACAAUAUCUCACAUGCGCGGAACAAGUGUUAAGAUAUAUAAUUUGACACAUGUUGAAUAAGUCUGGUACGAUAUAUACAAUAUCCUACUUGUGGAAUAAGAUGGUAAGAUAUAUAAAAAAUCACACAUGAGGAGUAUGAUGGGUUUUUUCUCAGUUUAUAUAUAUAUUUGCGAAGUGAACAUCUUGUACAUUUUCUUUUGGUAUGUUUUAAAGCAUCAGCCUUUCAAAGAUGCCAGAAAAUGUGUUAAAGUACUGAAGAUAAGUUUUAUAGACUCUAGCACGACUUCACCGAAGCUAAGUACUGGUGAAGUGACCUGCGAUGUUCAUCUCCUAAUGCUGGCCGUAGAUCCGAAGUUUCAUCAUUUUAUCAUUUGCCACAGAAGAUAUUUUCAUUUAUCGUUUUUUACUUUCAAGAUACCUCAUGAAAGGUGUACAUAAUUUUUAAGGGACUUUAGACUGUUUCCUUUCCUUUGGAAUUCAUAUCCUGAAAGAAAUGUCUGACUCACUAGCAUCAACUGAAUGGCUGCAGCAAAAAUAUCUUGUAUAUCAUGUUUGCUGUUGUGAAGAAACAGAGCUAUUUGUAGUCCAAUCUGCAGUUUGUGUAGUGUGACAUAGGUCACGAUGACGGAUGACGUGUGUCACUUCUAAAACAUGUCACCUUAUCAAGGGGUAGUGUGCUGGUGGCAGAUUAAAGCACCUGCUUUAAAAUCUGAAAACACUUAUUUGAUCCCUCAGUUAUUUUCUCUGUUUUUAGUUCAGUUUGCUGUCCAGUAUGUGCUAGAUUACAACAGCUUGCCUUGAGAGAUCUCACCUCAUUGUCGCUCUCAUCUGUUCAAUGUCAUAGUUUAUUUAUUCCCUGCCAGUUUCUCUGUACUACCUCAGCAGCUGGAUGUGUCAAACCUCACCCACCCACUCACUCACUCAUGCAUCAGGACCACUGCCACCCACUAGACAUGAAGGAAUUGUUGGUGGUUUUGUUACAUAGCUCAGCAGAUUGUUGGUGGACCAACAUAGGUUUCACACCAUUUGUACAAUGAUGAGCCAGUGCCUAGGUUUAACAUCCUUUGUAUAAUGAUGAUCCAGUGGCAAGGUUUAAAUCCUUUUGUACAAUAAUUGCCAAUGCUCAGGUUUAACAUACUUUGUGCAAUGAUGAGCCAGUGGCAAGGUUUAAUAUCCUUUGUACAAUAAUUGCCAAUGCUCAGGUUUAACACCCUUUGUACAAUGAUGAGCCAGUGCCCAGGUUUAAUAUUCUUUGUACAAUGAUGAACCAUUGCCUAGGUUUAACAUCCUUUGCCAGUGGCAUCAGAUAGCUUGUUUGAGAAUCAAUCAGGCAGCCUUAUACCUCUUCUAGUAACAGGAUUUGUAGUUCAAUGACAGAAAGAUCUUAGCUAUUGAAGGUGGACACCUAGAUUUGAGGCACUAAGAAUUACAAAUAGGCCCUAUGAGUUAGGAUUGGGCACUGAGUAUUGAUGACUGGCACUGUGAUUUCAGGGUGAGUGCUAAGGUAUGAGAAAUUACACUAGAUAAUGGUGCAAGAGGUUUUAUUGAAACCACAACAAUUUUAUGCCAUAAUUCUUUUUUAUUAACUGAAACAGACAAAAGCACAAAUGUUUGACACAUCCUUUUAAGCAUCAGUUGACUCAUUUCUUUCGUUGUAGUUGUAAAUUAUGUUGAUGCAUUGAAUGGGUUGCACAGCUCUUAGCAGACAAGAGAGACACAGUCAGAUUCCAGCAAAGUUUCAAUUUACACUUGACAUUAUCCUAGCAAAUAAAAUAGUUUUGUAAAUUAUUCCUCUAUACUGUUUCAUAUUCACUUCGUGCCGUUGAGUUCUUGUCCGGUUUUGUGAAACAAAGCAUAAUGCUGUACAGCCAUAUUGUCCACAGUCGAUACUGCUGGUCUGGUGCACUCAACUUACUGCUGGACAAUACGGUAGGAAGAUCUGUUGGCUUAUCAGAUAUCCAUCUCUACCAAAAUAUGGUCAUACUGAUUUACUCUCUUUUAGACAUGAUCUUUCAGGAAAAUAAGAAUUGGUAAAAAUAAACAUGAAACUCUGAAAAACGUUUUCACGAACCAUAAGAUGAUAAAAUGAUUUUUAUGUUAACUGUAUACAAUAAACCAUUUAGGACAUUUUGCAGAGUAAUGACUUAUUGCAGACUGAAGCGCAGUUGUUGCCUUGUGUACGUAUAUUCCUUGUUGCUGUAAACUAGGAGACCAGCAUAUCACAGACCUGUUGUUGAGAUAUCAGAGAUAUAUUGAGCCAGCUGUUGAUGAUCUACUGAAGUUGUUGGAUCCAGCCAGGUUGUACAUAUGUAGUUUAUUCUGUGAUUGUCAAGAUGGUAUUCAACGGUUGCAGUAUGUGUUUCUGCAAAUCUCUUUAGCUCCCUGAGCAGUUAAUGUCAUAUAUUUUUUGUAGGUGUAUUUACUGAAAUUGUUCAUUCUGUGGUAGAAUUAAGGCAUAGCAGACUCUUCCGGAAAUCUUCUAAAUAAUUUUUGGUGUACAUUUGUGGUGUUUUAAUGUAUAAUUUUCCAGUAUUGUGAAGUAAAACACAUCUGAAGAUGUGCAUAUACGAUCAAGUGAGGUUGUUAACGCCAGAAAUAUGAUCCCAUCAUUUUAGCAAACAGGGAAUAUGCAGAACAGAGAUGUUAAAAACUUGAAAUAUACACCCUACGGAUGUAUGUGGAACUGCCCGAGCAUCAGUUGAUGAGCAAACACAGAUGUUUUGUUUACUAUUGACUGACUUAUUUGUUUGAUUACAUAUUGUAAACUGUUGUUUGAUGUUAAAAAGGUUCUGUUUCAGGCCAGUCUCAAUAAUCUAUGGUAUUACUACCCCAUUCCAUUUUGUUAAGUACCCAAGGCAGUUAAGAUGGAAUGGAGUUAUAAUAGCCUGGACUACAGAGGAUGGUGUUGUGUUUGAUGGUCUGUUCACUAGAUCUGUUAUGUUCCCAGAGAUGUGCAUCCUUGAUAUUUGUACUGCAAUAUUUGUAUUGUAUUUCAUCUGUGUCUGUAAUAAACUUGUAUAGCUAUUUGUAUUAAUUAUCAUAUUUGUAUUUGUUCAUGUGUGCCAUAUGUUACUUCCUCAUAUUGCAUACUCACUUUGAAUUAUGCCAUUAACAUGAGUUACCAUAGUUACAGUGCAAUAUGCAAUCUUACCAUGGAUGGUAAACCAUUUUUGUUAGAAUUUUAACCCAGAAUUGGAUGAUCCAAGGUGCUGGGACAUAGGUUCUGGACCGAUUCAAUUUUAGGGUUUGGAUUAAAAUACAAUUCAGCAUAAAAAUGAACAAUGGCAGUGUUUCUGCUUACGACGUGAGAACUCAUCAUUAGUCCUGCUUGAGUCCUAAUGUACUGAGAUAUAUUUAUUUGAUGCAAUAUGAUGUAUUGCCAUUACCAAGACGCUGCUUUAACUGUAGACUUCCUGUACUAUACUGUGCUAGUCCCUUUAGCAACGUGAGGUGUAACAGCCACACCCACAAUACUAGAGCCAGUGGCUAAUAAAUAUGUUAAACAAUUUCUCA